UCUCUUCCUCGUUCUUCCUUCCGAUCGGAUCUCCGUCUUAUUCAUCCCCCCUUGCAUACCUUUGCGCCGACCGCCGUGAGAUCUUCUUUUGCUCCCCGCUUCACUUGUCUCCCUCCCCCUCAUGGCCUCCCCAUCCGGUCAGAUGAAUGCCGACCCUGCGAACGAGGAUGAUCCCUCCGCUGUCUCCGAUCCGUUUUUCGCUUCCCAUGAUGAUGUCGAUGCCGCCGCCUCUGCGCUUCAUGACGAAGAUGAUCUACCCAUGAGGGACGAGGGACUCAAGCCCGUCAAGGAACCGCUGCCCAUGCAAAAGCGCCGUCGGGUAACGCGCGCUUGUGAUGAAUGUCGUCGCAAGAAGAUCAAAUGCGACGGCAAGCAACCCUGCACCCACUGCACCGUCUACAGCUACGAGUGCACCUACGAUCAACCUUCCAACCGCCGCCGAAAUCCCGCCCCGCAGUAUGUUGAAGCUCUGGAAAAUCGACUGCACAAAGCGGAAGCCCUACUGCGCGUGGUGCUUCCGGAUUUGGAUUUGGACGAUCCACAAUUCGACGUGCAUGCCACCGAGCAGAUGCUGGCUGCCAUCAAGCGCGAAAAGCCACCGCCUGACCGGGAGCAGCAGCAACAACAGCAACAGCAACAGCAACAGCAGCCGCAGCCGCAGCCAACUGCUGCAUCAUCUGCGCCAGCUGUGACGACGAACGGCUCCCAGCCCCCGGCCCCCGCUCCCGCUGACGAUACGGCAGCUGACGGGACUGGCGGUGAUGAGUCGCUGCUUGAAUCGAUGGUCGACAAUUCCGGUUAUCUCGACCUGGAUGACCAGGGACACUGGGACUAUCACGGGCACAGUUCUGGUAUGACGUUCAUCCGGCGCCUGCGGAAACAGCUCGGAGCUUCCGACAUGCCGCUGCCGACCCUCCGAUCGCGACCGGUCACGCAAACACUCUUCGACAGCCCCAAGUCCUCAUCUGAAUCACCACAAGACGCGUCUUUGCCACCCACUCACGAUCUUCCCUCGAAAGAAGUUGCUCGGCGACUAUGCCACAAUUCCUUGGACGAUGGCUGCGCGCUCAUGCGCUUCGUGCAUGAACCCACGUUUUACGCCAUGUUUGAUCGAGUCUAUGAUACCCCGUUGGAGCAGUUUAGCAACGAGGAGAACUCUUUCUUACCGCUGCUCUAUAUCGUAAUGGCCGUGGGGUGUCUGUUCUCCGAUGAUGGGUCCAGUCCGUUGGAUAUCUCCGGGUAUGAGGGUGCUAUCGGUCAAGGGUUUCAAUACUUCAAAGCAGGUCGCCAGCUCCUGGAAAUCACCGACUGCCGCGACUUGACUUCUCUGCAGGCUAUCUGUUUCAUGAUCCUGUUCCUGCAAUCCUCCGCCAAACUCAGCACAUGCUACUCCUAUAUUGGUAUCGCACAACGAGCCGCUCUACGGCUGGGCUUGCACCGCUCCGUGACGAUACACUUUACACCCCUUGAGCAGGAGUUACGCAAACGCAUCUUCUGGACGAUACGCAGAAUGGAUGUCUACGUCAGCACGCUACUCGGCCUACCUCUGAUGCUCAACGACGACGAUAUUGACCAGGUCUAUCCAGAAUCCGUCGAUUCGGAGUUUAUCACCAAGAAUGGCAUCCUGACCAUGCCGUCGGACCAUACCCCUCUGAUGGCCGGAGCCAACGCGCAUACGCGGUUGACCAACAUCAUCCUCAAGGUUGUGCAGUACAUCUACCCGGUGAAGAAGGCGCAACAUCCUGUUGGAUCGGAUCAGCGCUACGUGGUCAGCCACUCGAAGAUUAGGGAAAUUGAGAGGGAUCUUCAGGCUUGGAUGGAGGAGCUUCCCGCGGCUUUGCGACCGGGGACGGAGGUCUCUCCGCAGCUCGAACGCAUCCGUCAAUUACUCCGCAUUAGCUACGCCCAUGUCCAGGUCAUACUCUACCGACCUUUCCUUCACUAUGUCUCCAGUGGCUCACAAGCGCGUGGGGUCGACCGGCGCUCCUACGCCUGCGCUGCGGCGUGUGUCAGUGUGUCGCGCAACAUCGUACAUAUCACGACUGGCAUGCAUAAGAGAGGGCUACUCAACGGAUCUUUCUGGUUUACCAUGUAUACCACUUACUUCGCCAUAUUAUCGCUGCUUUUUUUUGUGCUAGAGAACCCCGACUCUCCGACCGCCAAGGACGGCGUUCUUAAGGACGCCAUGGAAGGCAAAAAUACUCUGGCAGGGCUGGCGAAAAAGAGUUUGGCGGCAGACCGAUGCUCUCAGAGUCUCAAUGGUCUCUUUAAAAACCUCCCGGAGUUGCUCAAGAACCGCCAAAGUGCGAAGAAGCGGGCAAGCCUGAAGCGGCCCGCCCCCUCGUCCGGCCAUCACCACCGCCCACCACCCGCCAAGAGCGCCGCCUCCGUGCCCUUGGACAUGCCGCCGCCGCAGCGAGCCAACACAUUUCCGACGCAAUUGCUUAGCCGUUCGGCCAAGCAAGAGGCCAGCAACACCCCUAAGAGCUUCGACGAUAGUGCCGCUGCUGCUAGUCGUAGUCCUGCUUCGAGUGUACGCCCAAGUCUGCCCCAGACUCAGACGUGGGUACCAUCCACACCCGAGCCGCCUGCCGAUGCUGUGUCAACGCCGUCGGAUAUCGUAUCCAACACUGACAGGACGCCAGCGUCGACAGGCGCAUCUCCCGUAUCAAUGUCUCUUGCCUUGAGCGAUGCCACCGCAAAUCCAUUCGGAGCGCACGCAUUCGCGAACCCCAGUCAAUUCCCAGACUUGAUGCCCAUCAUGUUCCCGUCGGACGAUCCUUUCGCCUACCCAACACAACCAAUGUCAACGCUGGAGAACGACCACUUCCGCCAGGACCCAGCAGGCACCACGUCCUUCGCCCCCGGACUAGCCUCAACGACCGACAACAGCUCCGUCAGCACAAUGGGAGUAUCCACUCCCACAUUGGACGGCUUCGGCAAUUUCAGCGUCUUCUCCAACGGAAACCCGGGGGUCAUCAACUCCAGUCUGCCGGGCCGCUUGCCCAACCAGCCACCGCAGCAUAUCAGCCACUCGCGACUGCAGUCGCCCGUCUCCCACGGCUCGACCCCGGGCAAUGGCGUCGAAGCCGUCAACAGCCCCGAUUUGGUCUCCCUGCCCAACCAAAAUUUCAUGUGGCAAGGCUACAACUUCCAACCCCCCACUAACAACUUCGCCGCGGAUACGGUCCCCUCGACGGCUACGCCGACCGGACUGGCACAGUUCGGAAUGGGUGCCCAAGACAGCACCUCGCUGGGAGUUGGCUUGGACCUGGGCCUUCCGCUCGACGAUAUCUUCGGGAAUGCCGACCCUUGCCGGCCCGGCGGCUUCAGCAAUGAGGAAUGGUUGCAGUUUAUGAACAAUACUUCAUGAUUCCAGAGCAAAGAAACAAAAGGAAAAGUACUAAUCAAAAUACCCAUAUGUUUUGUAUAUGUCGUUUUUGGUUCGGAACCGUUCGUGAUGAGGAUCAUAAUGUUAUGAAGGGAUUGUUUUGGUUUGGUCUGGGAGUUUCUCCGGUUGGCGUCGGAUGUUGCUUGGGGUCAUUGGGCAUGAGUUGAUUUUCUUUUAGCAUCUCUUUUGUGUCCGAGAAUUUUUCUUCUUAUGUUGCUAAUUGUGAAU